UUAUGUAAUUAUUUUACGGAUGAAAACGCGAUUUAUUGCAUGGUGUAUUUGGAUUAUGUAUCAUUUGAAUAAUUAUUAGAUAGUAAUGUAAUGAAUAUUUUCAUUUAAUACUGCACCCAUGUGACAACGAGUGAUAAAUACCGACUUGCAAAAAUCAGCCUAUACGGAAGUUAAAGCGAAUGAAAAGUCGUCUGGUUGAUGAUGGUGGUUGUUUCUUGUGUGUUGUUAUGUAUGUGGUGCUAACCAGGAAAAGUAAACAGACAGGCGGCAAAAACUGCCUCCUGCGAAGAAGUAUUCCUGUGAUAAACAAAGUGACGCCAGAAAUCUCUGUUUUUCUUUUUCGACAAUAAAACUUCGUUGGGCCCCCUACAGUGCGCUAGCUAAUGGAUUACCGAUAGUUAGAGAUUUGAGUGACGUGCAAAAAAUCACAUAUUUUUCGAAAAUGAGCAUUGCUCAAGUUUCUUUCGGCAUAGAUGAAGAGUGUACAAAGUAACUUAUGGUAGCAUACGCAUUAAUAAAACAGAUUUAAGAAACACUUUGCAAUACAAAAAAUAGACGUUAUUUGAAAACACUUUCCUGCCAGUAAAAGCAACUUACCGAAAUCGUAGUUAUGGUACAAUACAACGCCGCUCAGCGAAAAAAUGUUCGCAUAUUGUUGGUCGGCGAUCCCGGUGUGGGUAAAACAUCGCUCAUACUUUCGCUUGUAAGCGAAGAAUUUCCUGAGGAUGUACCUCCAAAAGCUGAGGAGAUAACAAUACCCGCUAAUGUCACACCUGAACAGGUGCCUACAAAUAUUGUCGACUAUUCAAGCACCGAGCAAACCGAUGAAACACUUAACGAGGAGAUCGUCAAAGCACAUGUUGUAUGUAUUGUAUAUAGUGUGGAAGAUGAAGAUUCGCUUGAUCGCAUAACAUCACACUGGCUGCCUUUAAUACGAAAUGCGAUUGGAGAGGACCAACAACGUAAGCCUGUGGUACUGGUGGGCAAUAAAGUUGAUCUGAUAGAAUACUCAACCAUUGAUAGUGUAUUGACAAUAAUGGAAGACUUUCCUGAAGUUGAAAGCUGUGUGGAAUGCUCUGCCAAAACGCUUCACAAUAUUUCCGAAAUGUUCUACUAUGCACAAAAGGCUGUUCUACAUCCAACAUCGCCACUUUAUAUAAUGGAAGAGCAAGAUCUUACGCCGGCUUGCAAGAAAUCACUUAUUCGCAUAUUCAAAAUAUGUGAUAUCGAUGGUGACAAUCUGCUCAAUGAUUAUGAAUUGAACUUGUUUCAACGUCGUUGUUUUAACACACCUCUACAGCCACAAAUACUAGACGAAGUCAAAGUUGUUAUACAGAAGAAUAUUCCAGAUGGCAUCUUUCACGAUGCGGUUACACUCAAGGGAUUUCUUUUCCUGCACUGCUUGUUCAUACAGCGUGGACGUAAUGAAACCACAUGGGCGGUGUUGCGUCGCUUUGGUUACAAUGAGCAGUUAGAAAUGUGUAAGGAUUAUUUGCGGCCAACUUUGAAAAUACCUCCCGGCAGUAGCACUGAAUUAUCACAUCGUGGCCAACAAUUUCUUACAGCACUGUUCGAACGUUACGAUAGAGACGGCGACGGCGCACUAUCACCAGAAGAGCAUAAAAUGCUCUUCAGUACAUGCCCAUCAGCGCCUUGGUCCUACUCAACAGAUAUACGUAAGUCAUGUCCGACCAACGAUCAGGGUUGGGUAACGCUGCACGGCUGGAUGUGCCGCUGGACGUUAAUGACACUUAUUGAUGUCUUAAAGACACUAGAGUACUUAGCGUAUUUGGGCUUUAAUGUACAUGAGAACGAUAGUCAGCUGGCGGCAAUACAUGUGACACGGGAACGACGCAUUGAUUUAGCCAAACGCCAAAGUAGUCGAUCCGUGUAUAUGUGCCAUGUAAUUGGUCCAAAAGGCGCUGGUAAGACGGGGUUGUGUCGUGGUUUCUUAGUAGAAGACAUGAAAAGUCUGAUUGGAAAAGAAUUCAAGACUAAUGUGGUGCAUUGCGUCAACACUGUGCAGGUUUAUGGUCAAGAAAAGCAUCUUAUACUACGUGAUAUAGACGUAAAGCAUGCGUUAGACCCAUUGCAGCCGCAAGAGGUGAAUUGUGAUGUCGCUUGCCUCGUAUAUGACUCAUCCAAUCCGCGUUCGUUCGAGUACAUUGCACGCAUCUACAUUAAAUAUUAUGCGGAGAGUAAAAUCCCAGUCAUGAUUGUUGGCACUAAAGGUGACUUAGAUGAGCGGCGGCAAGAUUACUUACUGCAACCGUCGGAGUUUUGUAGCAAAUAUAAACUACUGCCCCCACACCUGUUCAGCUUGAAGAGUAAUAAAAAGGAGGUUUACACGAAAUUAGCAACCAUGGCGGCAUUCCCUCGCUUUCAAGCCGCAUGGAUACUCUUUUACAAGCACAGGUUGGUACAGCUGUGGGAAUCAGCACAUCUACGUCAGUUUGGUUUGAUGACAGAGGAUCCGACACUUUGGUGGAAAGCUGGUUUGGGUGUUGCCGCCGCCACCGUACUCGGUUUUGUUGUGCUCAAAGCAUUGCAUAGCGCCGGCACGCAUGUGCGUUACUAAUCUUAACUAUUAUUGCAGUCUAUAACGGCAAUUCGGCGGGAUAAGACGCAAGCAUACAGGCAUACAAUGCAAGACAUACACCGAAAUGCCGUAUAGAAUCGGGCAUCGUAUCCAUUUUGGAACUUUUGUAAUAUUCUACUAUGAUAAGAUUCCACAACACUCGCGUUCCACACUCCAUCGAAUUAGAAAAUUGUAUAAAGCAUUCUAAUUUCUUAAGUUUCGUUGACAAACGCGCUUAAUCCGGCGCCAGAAAAAUUAUUUUGUGAAAAUAGUAAGCAGCUAAAUUGUUUGUGUGUAAAAGAUUGAAAAAUAUUUGGAAUCACUAUGGAAAAUUUUUGUUGUAACGUGAAAAAACAUUGAAAAAUUAAAAGCAACCAAAAUUUUUAAGAACUUUAGUUUAAUGCUUUUUUAAAAAGAAUAUAAAUAAUUUAUGCAAAAGAGCGUACAUGCACAUAUGUAUAUCGUUUCAUAAAUACAAUUGUUUUUGUUUGUAAAUACAUACUUACUAACCUUAAAAAAAAACUUAUUUAAUGCGCUUCGAUAAUAUCAGCGUGUCGUUUAACGCAUAAAUCUCUAAUUUAACGCUGUAAUCAAUGCAUUACACACUUGUAAUAUUGUAUCUACACACAUACAUACAUACUAUAAAUAGUAAUAAAAAUUAUUUUAACAUUGAACUUAAUGACGAUGAGAAUCAUUUGAACAUCAAUCGGAUAGCAAUAACAAUUAGCAUAUAGUAGUAUAUAAACCAUUGCGUAUAUGCAUACAAAAAUAUAUACAUACAUACAUACAUAUGUAUGUUAUGUUACAUAGUGUAAUCUACAUAUAUUAACCACAUGAAUAAAAAUAUUUUUGUAAAUCAUAAGAUAAGUAAUACAUCCAUACAUCGGAAGCACUGUUUGGCUGUUGCGCGCUUGGAAAAGCGUCAACUGAAAUUCGGACGGUCGGGUGCGGCAUAUGCGGGCAUUUUUUUUAAGUUAAGUACUCCUCAUGUUUUGUAUGUGUUGGUUUAUUUAUCUAUUAAAGAUUCACAUACAUAUUUACACACAUUUACUUAUAUACAUAUAUAUACGUAUAUUGUAAUUAAAUUUAAAUGAACUUUAUUAUAAAAGAAAAACACAAUAAUCGGCUUCAUGAGUUCAAGAAAUUAUCGACUCUUCCAAUUAAUAAAUCGAAAUGAGAAGCAAAUAACAGUU